UAUAUAAAGUGAUGUAUGUUUAACAGUUAUUUAAUAAUUUUGAAUUUACAAUUUACUGUUACGUUAUGACGUAUACAGAAGAAUAUUUAAAAAAUAAACUUUUGAAAGAAUUGAACGCUUCUUACGUGGUAAGUGAAAUAUCCAAAAUAAUUCUUUUCUCAAAACUGUCAAUUUAGUACAUAACCUCAUUAUCGAUUUUCGCGAUAUGAUGCCACAUCAUUUUAUAAUGUAGAUUUAAAAAAGUUGAUAAAAUAUGAAAUAAUUCGUAUGUGAAGCCACAGUUAGGAAAGCCGUCCAUAAUUAUUACUAAAAAAUAUCGAAAAUGUACAUUAGGAUAACAGCUGAAACUUUGUUAAUAGUGUUCGGAACGUUAUUAUCAAUUUUAUUGCGAGCUUGUACAAAUUUACACUCGUAUUCCGGAGAAGCCUCACCACCAAUGUAUGGAGAUUACGAAGCGCAACGACAUUGGAUGGAAAUCACAACAAAUUUACCAAUAAAUCAAUGGUACCACAAUACUAGUGAUAACGAUUUGAACUAUUGGGGAUUGGAUUAUCCACCCCUAUCCGCAUAUCAUAUGUUCAUAUGUGGAAAAAUAGCUCAGUAUCUAAACGAUAAUUACACAAAAUUACACGACUCCCGAGGUUAUGAAAGUGAAUCUCAUAAAUUAUUUAUGAGAUAUACAGUGAUGGUUUGUGAUAUAUUUUUGUAUAUACCAGCGUUGAUAAUAUAUUACCAAACGUGUAUUGGAGUAAAAGAGAUUCACGAAUCCGGAGCGAAGAAAAAGAAAUGGAAGAAUCAGAACAAUAUUAAAAUGAGUAGUUCGUUCUGUACUAUCUUAGGUUUGUUAUAUCCCGGAAUUAUAAUCGUAGAUCACGGACAUUUUCAAUAUAAUUGCGUGUCUUUAGGUUUCGCGAUAUUUUCUAUAACGUUUUUAUUGAAAAAGUACGAUGUUUUAGCUUCGAUUUUAUUUUGUUUCGCUUUGAAUUACAAACAAAUGGAACUUUAUCAUUCGUUACCGUUCUUUUUGUAUUUAUUAAGUUCCUGUGUGCCUAAACCCGGUCAGAAAUCAGUUUGGGGUUUUUUGAAGUUAUUUAAAAUAAGCGCGGUUGUUAUAAUUACUUUCUGUGUGAUUUGGUUACCGUUUUUAUAUGAUUUUGAUGAUUUUAUUCAAGUUGUGCAUAGACAGUUUCCUUUCGCUAGGGGAGUUUUCGAAGACAAAGUUUCUAACGUUUGGUGUGCCUUAAAUGUCAUUUUUAAAUUUAAAAAAACCUUCGAUGAUUAUCAGAUGAUGAGGAUCUGUCUUUUUACGACGUUUUACGCUCUAUUACCGAGCUCAGUGGAUUUGUUUUUGAGACCGAAUUUGAAAAAGUUUAUCUUGAGUCAAAUUAAUUCGUCGUUGGCGUUUUUUUUGUUUAGUUUUCAAGUACAUGAAAAAAGUAUAUUAUUGGUUGCCGUACCUGUUUUAUUGUACUUUCCUUAUGAUCCAUUCACAUGUUUUUGGUUUCUUUGUUUGUCUGUUUUUAGUAUGACGCCUUUACUGUUGAAAGAUGGUUUAACUGUUGCCUUUAUGGCUUUAAUGUUGUUCUAUGGCGUUACGUUUCGAGUUUCUAUUGAACAUUGUUAUAGAAAUUAUUUAAAUAAUCAAGACGGUUUGAAAGAAUAUUAUCGAAGCCUCCUUCAUUCGUUGUUGAAUAUAGAAUAUAAAAAAGCGACGCAAAUUGGAAUAAUAAAAGCGUCGUUACAACAAAUUAGAAAAAAUUCAGAUGCUUUAAAAAUACUAAUUUUCCAUUGUGUUAUGGUGUUUUCUUUAAUCGGCUGUUUGAUAUUAUUUAUUAUAAGUUUGUUAUUAGAACCUCCAACUAAAUAUCCAGAUUUAUUUCCUCUUGCCAUUUCCGUUUAUUCUUGUAUACAUUUCCUCGGAUUUUUUUUGUAUUUUAACAUCAAACAACUCAAAAUACCGCAACAAUUCGAAGAUAUUCGAGUUAAAGAAUCCUGAAAAAUUCCUUUAAUUACCAAAUUGUUUGAUUUGUUUGUUAAAAAUCAUGUAGAAAUGUUUUUUUGUUAAUUUUGUUGAUUUUUCGAGAUAAAUACAUUUUCAACUUAUCAUA